AUGCUGUCCUUGAUCGGCUCUUCUCUUCUGCACCCCUCCAAGCGCACCCAGCUCUUGGAGAGGGCCAACACCAAGCUCAGCAGCAACGGAGCUAAACUCGCCUCCAUCGAUGCAGUCUACAUUCACUUUGUCAACACUGCUUCGGAACAGGCCAACGCUGUUCUUGCUGAUACCUCCAGCCCGCAGCGCAACGUCCUUGACAGCCUCCUUGUCUACGGCGACGAUGUCGAUCUGGCACACACCCGACCAGCUGUGCAGGCUGUCCUAGCUGGGGAAACUGGCUCGGCUCAGCAGACUGUCCUUUUUGUGCUCCCUCGGCCCGGAAGCAUCUCGCCUUGGUCCAGCAAGGCCACCGACAUUGCUCGCAUGUGCACCCUCCAGGAGUACGUCGACCGCAUCGAGCGUGGAAUUGCCUUCGUCCUCGAGCCCGCGGCUGCCUCCUCGCCCCUCAAGGCUGCCGAUUUUGCCAAGGUGCACGAUCUUCUUCACGACCGCAUGACGCAGUUCAUCUCGGCCGUCCCUCCCACCGCCGCCGCUCUCUUCCACAAGGCGCAGCCCGCUCCCCUCACCCACGUCGACCUCCUUGGCUCUGACGGCACCUCGGAUCGCCAGGUCGCCAAGCAGCGCCUCGUCGACGCCAAUGAAAAGCUCGGUCUGGCUCUCGCCAACGAUGAGAUUGACUACCUCGUCGACGCUUUCAUCGCCGGCAAGGGCGACGGCUCCGACGCGCUUCGUCGUAACCCCACUGACGUCGAGCUCUUCAUGUUUGCUCAGGUCAACUCCGAGCACUGCCGUCACAAGAUUUUCAACGCCGACUGGACCAUCGACGGCAAGACCAUGCCCAACACCCUCUUUGGCAUGAUCCGCAACACGCACAAGCUCCAUCCGCAGCACACCAUUAGCGCCUACUCGGACAACGCCGCUGUCAUCGAGGGCUACGAGGCGACCCGUUUCGCCCCCUCCCCCGCCGGCGGCCUGUCUGUCUACCAGGGUGUCAAGGAACCCAUGCCCUUCCUCGCCAAGGUCGAGACCCACAACCACCCCACCGCCGUCUCGCCUUACCCUGGUGCUGCUACAGGAUCUGGUGGUGAGAUCCGUGACGAAGGUGCCGUCGGACGUGGCUCUAAGCCCAAGGCCGGUCUCGUUGGUUUCAUGACCAGCAACCUCCUCCUCGAGGGCGACGGCCGUCAGCCUUGGGAGGAAGACUUUGGCAAGCCUUCGCACAUCUCGAGCGCCUACGACAUUAUGAUCGAUGGCCCCCUCGGUAGCUCUGCCUUCAACAACGAAUUUGGUCGCCCCGGUCUGAGUGGCUUCUGGCGUACCUGGUCCGAGCGCGUCCCCGUCGACGACGCCUCGAGCGAGGUGCGUGGCUACCACAAACCCAUCAUGCUGGCCGGUGGUCUCGGCAACGUGCGUCCCAAAAACGCGCUCAAGUCCAGAAUCACGCCCGAUGCCGCCAUCAUUGUGCUCGGUGGUCCCGGCAUGCUCAUCGGCCUCGGCGGUGGUGCCGCUUCGUCCAUGGCCAGCGGCAGCUCUUCGCGUGCCGCUCUCGAUUUCGCUUCGGUGCAGCGCGACAAUCCGGAAAUGCAGAGGCGGUGCCAGCAAGUCAUCGAUGCCUGCACCGCGCUCAGCGAUGCGCCCGGUGUCAUCGAGGGCCGUAUCGGCGAGGGCAACCCCAUCCAGUCCAUUCACGACGUCGGUGCCGGUGGUAUCAGCAACGCUCUGCCCGAGCUCGUCCACGAUGCUGGCCUCGGUGCUCGCUUCGAGAUCCGUGACGUUCUCGUCGACGACCCGUCCAUGAGCCCUAUGGAGAUCUGGUGCAACGAAUCCCAGGAGCGAUACGUGCUGGCCGUCGGCCAGGAGGACCUUGCUCGCUUCGAGGCCAUCGCCAAGCGUGAGCGAUGCCCGUACUCGGUCGUCGGCCGCGCCACGCUCGAGCAGGAGCUCGUUGUCACUGACCGUCUGCUCGGCGGCACACCUAUUCACCUCCCCAUGCCCAUCCUCUUUGGUAAGCCGCCCAAGAUCGCUCGUCAGGCUCAGAGCAAGCAGCUACUCCGUGUGCCUUUCGACUCGACCCUCACGUCGUACCUCCCGCACAUCAAGGACGACCCGGUCAAGAUGUUCGCCGAGGCCGUUGAUCGCGUUCUGCACCUGCCCACGGUCGCUUCCAAGAACUUCUUGAUCACCAUCGGCGACCGAAGCAUCACAGGUCUUGUUGUUCGCGACCAGAUGGUCGGUCCUUACCAAGUGCCCGUUGCCGAUGUCGCUGUCACGCGCACGUCGUACGGCUUUGAAGAGAGUCUCACCGGUGAAGCUGUCGCAUCGGGUGAGCGCACUCCGCUCGCGCUCAUCAGUGCAGCUGCUUCGGCCCGCAUGGCUGUCGCCGAGUCGCUCACCAACAUCGCCGCUGCCAGCAUUGAAAGCCUCGAACGUAUCAAGCUCUCGGCCAAUUGGAUGUGCGCCGCGAGCCACUCGGACGAGGGCGCGCGUCUCUACGAAGCCGUACAGGCGAUCGGUCUAGACUUGUGCCCCAAGCUCGGUCUGGCCAUCCCUGUCGGCAAGGACUCGAUGUCGAUGAAGAUGGCGUGGGAAUCGGCCGAGGGCGAGAAGCGCGAAGUCACUGCGCCGCUGUCGCUCACCGUGACCGCUUUCGGUCCCGUCGACGACAUUACGCGCACCUGGACGCCGCAGCUGCGCACCGACGUCGAUGACACGGUGCUGCUGUUCGUCGAUCUGGCUGGCGGUAAGCAGCGUCUCGGCGGUUCGUGUCUCGCCCAGGUCUUCCGUCAGUUGGGUCACGAGGCGCCCGAUGUCGAAGACGCCGCUGUGCUCAAGGCCUUCUUUGAGGCAUGCUACACGCUCAAGCAGCUGCGCGUGCAGAAGCGCGAUGAGGGCAGCCUGGUGCUCGCCUACCACGAUCGUUCCGACGGUGGUCUGAUCACCGCAAUCCUCGAAAUGUGCUUUGCGGGACACUGCGGUGCCGAGCUGUUUGUCGAUGCCCUCGAUGCCGAGCUGCGCGACCCCGUGGCUGCGCUUUUCAACGAGGAGCUCGGUGCGGUGAUGCAGAUCAAGGCGGGCGAUAUCAAGGCGGUCUCUGCGGUGCUCACUGCCGCCGGUGUGCCUUCUCACAACCUGCACGUGGUGGGACGUGUCACACCGGGCUCGCAGGAGAUCAAGGUGGUGGCACGUUCGCAGCCACUGCUCUCGUCGACGCGGGCUACGCUGCAAAAGGCGUGGGCCGAGACGUCGUUCCGCAUGCAGAGCUUGCGUGACAACCCAGAGUCAGCCGCGACCGAAUACAGCCUGAUCACUGACGAACCCACUUCGGCGGCCGCAGUGCGCUACGAACUCACGUACGACCCUCGUCAAGACGUGCUCGGUGCUUCGGUGGUGCAAGCUGCGCUCGAGACCCGACCCAAAGUGGCCAUUCUGCGAGAACAGGGUGUCAAUGGCCAGAUCGAGAUGGCGUGGGCUUUCACGCGUGCCGGCUUCUGCGCUAUCGAUGUGCACAUGUCGGAUCUCGUGGAAGGCCGAGUGGCGUUGGAUCAAUUCGUGGGUCUCGCGGCCUGCGGUGGUUUCUCGUUCGGUGACGUGCUGGGUGCCGGUAGCGGAUGGGCCAAGUCGAUCCUGCUCAACCCGAGCGUCAGGGCGCAGUUUGUCGACUUCUUCCAGAAGCGCACCGACACGUUCGCGCUCGGUGUGUGCAACGGCUGUCAGCUUCUCUCGCAGCUCGGUGUCGCCGGCCUCAUCCCCGAAGCCGAACACUGGCCGCUGUUCAAGCCCAACGAAUCUGGACGUUUCGAAGGCCGACUCUCCAACGUCGAGAUCACCAAGUCCGGCGGUGCCAGCAGCAUCUUCUUGGCCGACAUGGCUGGCUCCGUGCUCCCCGCCAUCAUCGCCCACGGCGAAGGUCGCGCCAGCUUCCGCAACGAGGGCGACCUCGAGGCGUGCAAAGCUAAGAACCAGGUCGCGAUGCAAUAUGUGGAUCAGCGCUACCCGCUCAACCCCAACGGCUCGCCGGAGGGUGUGACGGCGGUGACGGCGAAUGGUGGGCGUGUGUUGGCGCUCAUGCCGCAUCCGGAACGCGGAGUGGCGCUGUCGAGCAUGAGCUGGGCUCCGGCGCAGGCGUAUGCACGCGGCGAAAAGGGUUGGCAGGGUAAAGGGCCGUGGUUCAGGAUGUUUGAGAACGCGAGAAAGUGGGUCGACUCUCAGAAGUAG